AUGCUGAUUGAGACCCAAGUGAAAAAGCUUCUAUCCCAGAAGGCAUGCACCCCUGAGACCAUGAUUGAACUGCAUAUUCAGAUUCAGAAUGAACUCUGUCAGCACAUCAUGAAAUGUGGAUUUUUGAGGAUUAGAAGGGUUCUUGUUCCAUUCACCUCUCAGAGAACUGGUUCCACUCAGUUAGAGUCUGAGUCUGUGAAAAGCUCAAAUCAAAAUCCCUGUGCCUCCUCUCAGACUGUGCAAAUGGACCAGGCCCUUCCUAGUCUGCCUCAUCCAUCUCAGCCCAGCCAGCCAUCUCAUUCUAACCAGGCCACAACCCGCUUUGCAUGUAACAAUGUUGCCUCAUCUCAACCGAAUCAAUCUGAACCUUCCUCUUCAGAUCAUCAAAGUUCAUUUUCUUCACCAUCUGUCCAAGUCCAGUACCAUGAAGUCAUGUCUGAGCAAACCAAGCAUGCUUACAGUCCCUCAUUGAACUGUGUCCCAUAUUUUCCCCAGUCUGCUCCUAAAACUCACAUGAAUUCUUCUCCGUCUGUUUAUUCUCAACCUCGUUUUCCACUCACAAACCUCACAGCAUCUCAAAUAAACAAUAUCUCUGAGUCAGCCAAAUGUAGGAAGGCCUGUUGCCCUACCAUGCAGGUCUCUCAUACACGCGUACUCACCCACCCAAUGCCAAUUCCAGUCAACAACCAAACACCCGUAACAACUCAUCCAGUGCCAGCCAACAACCAAACACCUGUAAUAACUUAUCCAAUGCCAGUGAACAACCAAAUACCCCUACUAACUCAUCAAAUACCAGUCAAUAACCAAACACCCCUACUAACUCAUCAAAUGCCAGUCAAUAAGCAAAGACAGCCAAUUUCAGUCAACAACCAGACACCUAUAACAAUUCAUCCAAUACCAGCCAACAGCCAAACACUUGGACUAACUCAUAUAUUGCCCGCCAACAGCCAGACACCCCUACUAACUCAUCGAAUGCCACUCAACAACCAAACACCUGUACCAACUCAUACAAUGCCCAUCAAUAACCAAACACUCGUACCAACUCAUCCAAUACCAGCCAACAACCAAACACUUGGACCGACUCAUCCAAUACCAGCGAACAACCAAACACCUGUACUAACUCAUACAAUGCCCAUCAACAACCAAACACUUGUACCAACUCAUCCAAUACCAGCCAACAACCAAACACCUGUACUAACUCGUACAAUGCCCAUCAUCUACCAAACACUCGUACCAACUCAUCCAAUACCAGCCAACAACCAAACACCUGUACUAACUCAUAUAAUGCCCAUCAACAACCAAACACUCAUACCAACUCAACCAAUAACAGCCAACAACCAAACACCUGUACUAACUCAUCCAAUACCAGCCAACAACCAAACACUCGCAGCAACUCAUCCAAUACCAGCCAACAACCAAACACCUGUACUAACUCAUACAAUGCCCAUCAACAAUCAAACACUCGUACCAACUCAUCCAAUGCCAGCCAACAACCAAACACCCCUACUAACUCAUCAAAUGCCAGUCAAUAACCAAAAACAACCAAUUUCAGUCAACAACCAAACACCCGUAACAACUCAUCAAAUACCAGCCAACAACCAACCACCUGAACUAAUUGAAUCAAUACCAGCCAACAACCAAAUACCUGUAUUAAUUCAACCAAUUCCAGUCAACAACCAAACACCCAUACUAACCCCUCCAAUACCAGCCAACAACCAAACACCCGUAUUAAUCCAACCAAUACCAGCCAACAACCAAUCAACCUUACUUACUCAUUCUAUACCAACGUACAACCACGCACUCAUGCUGACCCAUCCAGUACAAACCAAUUUCCUGGUGCCCGGACUUUCUUUCUCUGUGCAACCCACUAUUCCCUUAACUGUCCUUUCAACAAUAAACACACUUUCUUUAAAUUAUGCUACUGCAAUCUCUAAUGUCCUUCCUGUAAACCCAAUGCCUUCUACUCCCAUUGAUGGCAACAACACCCUUCGGUGUAAGAGAGGCACCUACAAUAGCCAGAACCUCCCAGUCAAGGCCUUGACUGAUUCCGCCUGUGAUCAGGAUGCAGGUGUGAGCAGCACGGAUUUUACUGAUACAGACCAUCUGGAGAGCAACUUGCCCACCUCCCUUGUGUUGGGAGCAGCUCCCAAAGAACCUUCACUAGAUCCUGGCCGCUCCUCUGGACCAUCCAACAUUCACCAGGACUCUCUCUCCACCACCACCACCACAGAGAAAUGUUCAAGUCAAGCUCAAGACUGUCAGUCAUCCAACAAGAACAACUCUGGACCAAAACACUGGAGCAUUGGCAUGCCGAUAACUUUCCGUCAGCUUGUAGAGGCAACAUGCAUACCUUUCAGGUCAGACAAUCUGAACACAACACCUCCAGUGGAUUCAACUCCUUGUAGCACAUCAGAAGACCUUGAUGGGGAGAGGACGACUCAUGACAAGACUGUCCAAAGUAAUUUUGACUACAGGAAGGCAAAAAAAGAAGACAAAGAAUCUGCAGUCACCCUGGAACACUUCAGGAGACAAAUCAAACAAUGCAAGAGGUGGUCUCAAGAUAUAUUCUUAUUUAGUGUUGGUUCAUAG